GAAAAUUCACUAUUUUUCCAAAUCAAAAAAAUCAAUAAAUCUUACUACUAUUUCCGAUUUCGUUAAUUAAACACUCAAUCGGCGGCAUCAUGGGCGUCAGAGAAUGCGACCCGCGCUCGCAACUCAGUCUACCGCCGGGAUUCCGGUUUUUCCCGACCGACGAGGAGCUUCUCGUGCAGUAUCUCUGCCGGAAAGUUGCCGGCCACCACUUCCCACUUCAGAUCAUCGGAGAUGUCGAUUUGUACAAGUUCGAUCCCUGGGAUCUUCCAAAUAAAGCUUUGUUUGGGGAGAAAGAGUGGUAUUUCUUCAGCCCAAGAGAUAGAAAAUAUCCCAACGGCUCGCGCCCGAACCGGGUGGCCGGUUCGGGCUACUGGAAAGCCACCGGCACCGAUAAAAUCAUCACAACGGAAGGAAGGAAAGUCGGGAUCAAAAAAGCACUAGUUUUUUACAUCGGAAAAGCUCCCAAAGGAACCAAGACUAAUUGGAUUAUGCAUGAAUACAGGCUCUCCGAAUCCACGAGGAAAAGCGGCAGCUCCAAGCUCGAUGAUUGGGUUUUGUGUCGGAUAUACAAGAAAAAUUCGAGCGGGCAGUACCGGAACACCGCCAACGCUGGUGGCGUCCCGAGCAAGGAAUACAGCCACGAUUCGUCGUCAUCGUGCUCAUCGCAAUACGACGACGUUCUGGAUUCUCUCCCCGAGCUCGACGACCGUUACUUCUCAAUGGAUUCUAUGAAAAAUUCUCAACUACAUGAUGAUCAGAAGCUCAAUCUUCAGCGAUUGAGCUCCGAAAAUUUCAAUUGGGUCACCCUAGCUGGGCUAGGCCCGCUCUGGCCCGAACUAAUUCAAGCCCAACAAGCAAAUGCAGCUCCCGCAAGACAAAAUGACACGAUUGCCCCUGAUAAUUUUACCCACACUAGCUCGGGCUUACUACCGCAGCAAAUUAUCGGGGCGAAUCAGGGGGCGCCCGGGUCGGUUGACCCGUUCAGCGUGCGGUACCCGAAUCAGUCGGGCGGGUUCGGGUUUAGGCAAUGAAACAGUGUUAUUUGUGAUGUAAAUUUUCAGUAGUGACGGCUUAAUCCGGUACUACUUUUGGGUUAGACAAGAUUUAAGGAGAGAUUUUAAGGAAACACCAUUAUUGUUGAUUUUUCUUUUUCCCUUUUUUUUAGGGCGUUUGUAUUCAUAACAAGAAAAACAAUAAAAUUUGAAAUGAAAAGCAGUGUUGCUUCUUGGA